CGCUCCUCGCAAGGGCACAACCCUCGAAAGCCGAGUCGCAGCAGAUCGGUUAAAUCACCCCCAAAACGCACCCACCACCACAACUCCGGCGGCGGCGACCAGACGAACACGAGCACCAAGGCGAUGGCGACUGCUCUCAACCGCGGCCUCCGCUCCGGGAUCCGCCUCCUCGCCACCGGCGCCGAGGCCUCCAAGCCAGCUUCACGUGGAUUCCAUGCUACCGGUGUGAAGAGGAUGUCAGGGCAUGGCCAUGAUGAGCCAUACUACCUCCACGCCAAGCACAUGUACAACUUGCACAGGAUGAAGCAUCAGAAGCUGACUGCAUGGACUUCGGUGCUGGGAGCUGUAAGCAUUGGUGUCGGUGUCCCGGUCUUCGCGGUCGUCUUCCAGCAAAAGAAGACCUCCUCGGGCUGAGCUUACAUGCCCCCUCCCUGGGCCUACUUGUUGGAUCUAUUUUGAAUUUAGCAUUUUGUGAAGCCAAAGCUGUCACUUCACCUUACUCUUGUUGUUUCGUGUUACUCCAUUUGCUGUUAGCAGAUGAUCUGAAUCUUAAGCUCGUUUCUUUACGGCACUGCUUUCUGUUAAUAAUACAAGUGGCUUGAACUUUCCAGGCUGUGGAGAAACCCUGCAGUGUGAUCCAAUUGUUGUUUGCGUUCC